CGUCUUUCGAUUUUACCAAUACAGCAUCCCAUUCAGUUACACAUGCAUAGUUGCGCCAAAUUUCGCUAGUCGCUUAAAUUUUUCAAACAAUUUUUCCGCGUUCGAUUUCGAGACGAAACUGAAAACAUUACAAAAGCAUUUUCCGUUUGAAGUUAGAGAACGCUGCUUGAGUUUACUUUGUACCUUUUGAACGCUUCGUAAAACUAAAACUUACACACAAUGCCGGAGAAAUUUCUGUUUUGUUUUAAUUUAAAAAGCGGAGCUAUGGCUAUGGCCAUGAUUAAUUUGGCUUUUGGUAUAGCUGCAAUAGUCGGAAGUAGCAUUCAAUUAUGCUACAAUGACUCAGGCGAAGACAAAAUAUAUCUGAUUGGAGCUAUUGUAAUGGGUUUGUACAAUUUAAUGUGCGGAGCUGUAUUGAUUUAUGCUAUAAUAAAUGGUAAAGAAAGAUGCGUUCUUCUAUACAUGCUCUUCGAGUUGGUAAACCUUAUGGUUUUAUCCAUAUUUUGCGGAAUGAACAUGUUAUUUAAGGAAUCUUUGUUAUUAACAAUAUUGUUUCUCAUAUGCCUUAUUUUAUGGUAUAAUUUGCACUGUAUGUAUGGAUUCUAUAAAGAAUUGGCUGAAUACAAUUCAGUAAAAUCUGGAGUAGUGGAAAUAUCCUACAAUAGUGGACAAAUAAAUCCUUUAAUGACAAUGCCUGAAAGAGCUGUGGACAACACAUCCGUCUAAAUUUUAUAAAACUAUAUAAUUAAUAUUAUUAUAUUAUUAUUAUUAUCAUUAUAGUUGGCCAUUCUUUAUACAGGGUGUGCCAAAAAAGUAAAGAAAUUAUAGUUUUUUUAUAAGUAUGAAGUUAUAUGGGUA